AAAACAUCACAGCGCAUUCCUGGGGAGUCCUUAGCUGCCAGCAUCUGAUUAGAACCAUAUCUCUCACUGUGAGUGGCUAGCUCCGCUCGGGAGCCUAGUGUACAGCCGAGUAUUUAACCGGCCCGCGGGGUUGGCCAGUCCGCCCGGCAGAGGGUUUGGGGAACAGUGGGGAAAAGAAAUCAUGCUCGGAGCUGAAAGGAGUUAGUUUGUGAGUAGCUGAAUUUUCUGAUCACCUUGGAUUAUGUCCAUCUGAGAUUUCCCAAUUGUGAAUCCUCCUGAGAUCUCUAAGCAUCUCCUGAAGCCAGGACUUGGAGCCAGCUUCUUCAAAAUGUCUGCUGAAGUAGAAACCAACAUGACCAAUGGUCAGCCUGAUCAACAGGCAACCCCCAAAUCAUCAUCAAAGAAAGAAAAAAAGAAAGGAACAGAAAAGACAGAUGAGUAUCUCUUGGCCAGGUUCAAAGGUGAUGGAGUAAAAUACAAGGCCAAACUAAUUGGUAUUGAUGAUGUGCCAGAAGCAAGAGGGGAUAAAAUGUGUCAAGACUCAAUGAUGAAGUUGAAGGGAAUGUCAGUGGCUGCUCGGUCUCAGGGACAGCACAAACAGAAGAUCUGGCUGAACAUUUCUCUCUCUGGAAUUAAAAUAAUUGAUGAGAAAACUGGGGUGAUUGAGCACGAACAUCCUGUAAACAAGAUAUCUUUCAUUGCCCGAGACGUGACAGACAAUAGGGCUUUUGGCUAUGUAUGUGGAGGAGAAGGACAGCAUCAGUUUUUUGCUGUAAAAACGGCUCAGCAGGCAGAACCAUUAGUAGUUGAUCUUAAAGAUCUUUUUCAAGUCAUCUAUAAUGUCAAGAAAAAGGAAGAGGAAGAUAAGAAAAAGACUGCAGAAGCCAACAGGGCAAUUGAGAAUGGGAGUAAAGACCUUCUGACACUUCAUGAUCCAGUUAGCAGAAUGAGACUGGGUGUUGACCAGAUGGAUUUGUUUGGGGACAUGUCCACACCUCCUGACCUAAAUAGUCCAACAGAAAGCAAAGAUAUCCUGUUAGUGGAUCUAAACUCUGAAAUCGGCACCAAUCAGAAUUCUCUAAGAGAAAAUCCCUUCUUAACCAAUGGCAUCACCUCCUGCUCGCUUCCUCGGCCAAAGCCCCAGACACCUUUCUUGCCUGAAAAUGCUUUUUCUGCCAAUCUCAACUUCUUUCCCACCCCUAAUCCUGACCCUUUCCGUGAUGAUCCUUUCACACAAGCAAACCAAUUGACACCCUCUUCAUUUGAUUCUCUCAAACCUCGAGAUCAGAAGAAAGAGAGUCUGAAUAAUUUCUCACCGAUUACACUGAGUAAUGGGUCUCUGAAUGGCGAUUUUGAUUACUUUGGGCAACAGUUUGACCAGAUUUCUAAUCGAACUGGGAAACAGGAGGCUCAGGCAGGCCAGUGGCCCUUUGCAAAUUUGCAAACCCAGCCUACAAUCAGAACUCAGAAUGGGGUGCCUGAAAGAGAACAAAAUGGCUUUCUUGUCACAUCUUCCCUCAAUUAUUUUGUGGGAACCCCUUCCAAAGGACUGUCACUACCCAACGGAAUAAAGCAGGACACAGAAAACUCUGCCCAGUUCUCACCACAUGACUCCAUAACAAUUAGUCCACCUCCACAAAGUACCAAACCUGGAAGAGGCAGAAGGACUGCUAAGUCUCCAUUGAAUGAUAUAUUUGGGUCAGAUCUUUUUGCCACUCCUACUACAGAAUCCCCAUGUCAGACUUCACCAACAGGACAACCUCCAGUCUUGCAGAAUAAUCCUUUGGACCUCUUCAGCAGUAAUGCUCCAUCCUCAGCGGGUUCCCUGGCUGGUCUAGGUGGCUUACCAGUAACAGCACCUCAGACAGCAUCAUGGAACCCACCAUCGUUAGUUUUCAACCAGUCCACCUCAGUGCCCAUGAUCAGUUCUCAGCCUUCAGGAUUCAGUCAGCCUCUUACCUUUAGCACAACCCCAACAGCCUCAGGCUGGGAUCAGCCAACAUCCUUUGGAGCCCCAACAUCAUCCUCACCCCCUCCUCUCUGGGGCUCUACCACAAGUGCGCCAGCUAAUACCUGGCCAUCACAAGCCUCUAUGGGGAAUCCUUUUCAGAGUAACAUAUUCCCAACAUCUGCCACACCUGGCCAACAAUCAUCUGUGCUUAUCUCAAGCUCACCACCUCAGCCUCCUCCCCGAACUGUCCCACAAAGGGAUAUCUCUUGUGAUGCUUUCACUGCCUUAGACCCACUUGGAGAUAAAGAAAUCAAAGAAGUGAAAGAAAUGUUUAAGGACAUCCAGUUGAAGCAGCGACCAGCAGUGCCAGCAAGGAAAGGGGAGCAAGCAUCCUCUGGGCCUUUGGGAGCCUUCUCCAGUUACUUCACUAGCAAAGUUGGAAUUCCACAAGAGAGUUCAGAGAGUGAUGAUUUAGAUGCUAAUCAGUUGUUGGCCAAGAUAAAUGAAGCACCAAAGCCAAUUCCCAGGCAAAGCACCCCAUUAGCAUCCAAGCCAGUGGAAAGAUCAUUUGAGAACCUUUUUGCAAAAGAUCCUUUCUGUUCUCCAUUGCAAGCACCCACUGUGUCUCAUCAGCCAACAUCUCAUCUAUAUGGGGAUCCUUUUGGAAAUCGGUUUGCAUAAUUUCUGAUUUUGGUGCAUUCCAUAUCAAGAUGGCCACAUUUGCCAAGGACAAAUGCUACUAGUGGGACAGACUACUUCUUGUCUUGCUCCAGCUUCAACAUUCAUUACCUUUUGCCUAAUUCCUUGAUGACUUUUUUUUUUACUUAUAGAGAUAUCUUUUCACUUUUUGCCCAGACAUAAAGCUAAGCUUCAAAGCUGUGGCUUGAAACAUAAGAUAUAAGAAUAUGACCUUCCAAAUCUUAAAACAAAUGAAGUCAAAAGAAUUUCUCCAAUGUGGAAGGGAUUGGGGGAGGGGGAGGAGGAGAAUGUGUCUACUGGAGACCCUAUCACUUUCCUUUCUCAAAAUACUUGACAUCUCACAAAGAACAAAUGGUAAAUAAUACCAUCUAAACACACACUCCUUCCAGAACUCUUGCUCUGCUAAUAAGUUUUGAAGUUACUUUUAUUUAACAAGUUUAGAAUUUGUGUGGAGGUCUUCUCCCCCCACCCUUUUUUUGAAAGGCUUACAAACUUAAAAAUAUCUCCAGACCUCACUUUUAAAAGGAUGAAAACCCUUUUUGAAGCUCACUUUUGGGAAAUUCUGCCUGACCUUAUUAUAGGACUGACUUUGGGUUUUUUGAUUGCUUGUUUUUUACUUUGAUGUAAAAACUAAAGCAAAUUGUCAGUAAGCAUAUUGAGGGGAGGUUAACAUUUUUUCUCUCCUACUCCUAAAACAUUCACUAUAUGAUCUAAUUCUUUAAGUUUCCCUUACUUUGACCUUAUAUUUCCCCCUUUUUAGAGCUGGCAAGAUUCUCUUGGUUUAUGAGAAAAUAAUCUCUUUACCAAACCACAGGUCUGACACUGUUUUGAGGCCUUUUGGUUAAAAGAGGGUAUAGUCACUUAAUCAGAGUGACUCAACUAGUGGACACAUAAUUCUUUUUCCUUAACUGAAUAUGAGGCUACCAUCUUGAAUUCAGGUUCCAAAAUCUAGAUCUUUUGAUAACAUUUUUCAGUGAGACUGCUAAAAGUCUACUCAUCGUGAAGAUAAUUAUACUUAAAAGAUUGGUCUAUUAUUAAAUGAAAUGAUUGAUCCAAAUGCUUCUGGAGUUUUAAGUGGUUACAAUGGACCCUUUAAAGUAACUAGGGAAUUUUCUUCAAACAAUGACUAGGGGUUGAAAAAGACCAAAAAAAAAAAAAAAAAAAAAAAAAAUGGAUGAAAGAUG